ACGUGGCCACCGACGACAUGCUCAGAACUAUAUCAAUUUUGGCUCUGCUUUGGAUCUGCAGUGCAGCCAGUAUGGCAGAUGCCAAGCCGAUCUUCAUUAAGGUGUUCGCGCCGAGCAGUGGUGUCUCUGCCAGUGGCGGCUACUCGUACGGAAGUAGCAGCGGAAGUACGGCGACAGCCUCGCCCAUUAACACACAGCUGAUCUCCAACCUGAUAUCCACCAAAAUUCAGCUGCUGAACAGUGUGCUGCAGGCCAAGUCGUCGGGUGGUGGCUUCGGGUUUGGAUUCAACAAAUUCGUGUCCUUCUCCAGCAGCACUACAACGACGGAGAGGCCAGUCACGCACCACACCACAGAGGUAAACACAGACUUUACUCCGGAAGACAGCUCUACUCAAACUACUCAAACCGUCUACACGACAACAACAGAAGGUGAUAUCGAAACGCCGAAGCCCACAGUACAUCCCGGCCGUCCAGUCUCGACCAGUACGACAGAAGUGAUCACAGGGGAGAGCACUACCGUGGUGGCAGAGCUCACCUCCACGACGAGAGCACCUUCUGGCUACACCUAUACCUCUCCGACGCCCUAUGCCACUAGCACACUAGGAACCUACUACUUGCCCUCUUCUCUUGCCUAAAACUAAUCUAAGACCUUCUACUUAAUAUAUCUAUGUACUUGAAA